AUGAUGGAGACGGCUGCCACCACUUUUGCUUCUAUUGCCGUCCUAGGUGCCGCGGGCUACUCGUACCACCGGUACUACAAGUAUCUGAUUUUGGAAAAGAUGGAAAAUGCCUUUAAGCCGGGCGAUCCAGCACUCGAAGUUGCAGGUGUAGAAUCUGGCAAGCAUCAAUAUCAUCAUGAGGAGCACUGGGUUGUCCGUGACGAGCAACCCAGAAUUGAUCGAAUCAUUGCCGGUGGCGCUGGUGGCCGUUAUUUCCUGCUCAUCGGCGAGAAGGGCACUGGAAAGACAUCUAUGCUUCUGGAAGCGAUGCGCAAAAUUGAUGGAGAAGGUUGUGCUAUGUUUGAAGCACAUGGUGAUCUUGAGAUUUUCCGGGUCAGGCUGGGGAAGGCGUUGGACUAUGAGUUCCAUGAAGACUACAUUGGAAGUCUUUUCAGCAUUAAGGGUCCUCGGGAUACUACCCCUCUCUUGGACAUCGAGCGCGCAUUCAACAAGUUAGAGAAGGUGGCUCUUACGCGUCGGCGUCAGGGAUUGCCCGCUUUGAUUUUAAUCAUUAAUAGUACUCACCUGGUCAGGGAUGAUCAUGAUGGUCAGGAUCUUCUGGAGAUGAUUCAGCAGAGAGCGGAACAAUGGGCGGCUAGCAACUUGGUGACGACAGGCCCUGACAAUGCCGAAAUUAUAGUCCUCAACAGUGAUGAUUACUGGGUUUAUGAACGCCUCAAGCGAUACGCCACCAGGAUGGAAGUCAUCCCUGUUUCGGAUCUACCCAAGGGACGAGCGAUGGACGCUCUACGAAGGUAUCGCAGACAGUACUUUGGCGAAGAAUUAUCUCACGAAGUACUUGAAGAAAUCUACGACAAAGUGGGCGGACGUCUAUCCUUCCUGAACCGGGUGGCAAAGGCCAAAGAUUAUAUGAAACUCUGUGAUAGCAUUUGCGAGGCAGAGAAGAGAUGGUUCCUCAACAAAUGCUGGAUUCUUGGACCGGAAAUGGAUGACGACGUCAUGGAUGAGCAGAAGUACUCUUCUGCUGCAAUGGUUCUCGCUAAAGCGCUUGUCGACAAGGAGAAGGAAAUGGAGAAAACUUAUGACCCGGAAAUCGGCCAUAUUUUACCACAGAUACCGCUGCAUAAGGCGCGGGAAAUUAUGACCAGAGCGGACUUCAUCCAAAGUUACGAUCAUGAAAAUAUCUUUACGAUCGAUUCCCGGGCUAUGGUCCGAGCCGAUUCCGUCCCUAUGCAAAAUGCUUUCCGAGACAUCUGUUCUUGGGAAGGAUUUGACAAACAUCUGGAGGGCACCUUGGAGCGUAUUGGUGAUAUUGAGAGUCUUGGACGAACCCGUGAGCUUACGAUCAAAGAUCUCUGGAACCAGGGUAAAUACCAGCUUGCUAUGCGGGAUCCCAAGGGCCGCGACAACGGUGUUGCUGAGUUCUCGGUGAAAAUCAGCUCCCCAGCCCCCGGGAAUAUGAAUAUAAUCUACUUCUACAACCAAUUUCUUCAGCUUACCAUUGUACUCAUCUCCGCUGGCAAUCUCAUCGGACUUGGUACUACUGACCUAAAAUACCCAACCAUGACCCCUCGCAAGAAGGAAGUCUUAUCUGCGGUAACCGCGACUGCAGAUACCCGCGCAGACGAGCCGGCAAUCGAAUUGCGCCAGAAGACUCGAUCGGAACGGAUCCCCCAGUCAGCGCGCUUUAUGUUGGUUGUUUUGAGUAGUCUGGCACUGAGUGCUGGGUUCUUCAGUUUAACGUCUGGGGAUACCCUUGGCGAACUGGGCGACGUGAGCAGACAUCUCGAGGCAUGGUGGGAAGUGGGGGGUUUGACGGCAUGGAAGGCAGUAGAGGUUGGAUUAGCCUGGAUCUUGGGCUUUGAUGGACGAGAUGUGUCAUCAUUCAUCUUCCUUACCCACCUCCCCACAUACGCCCUCCUAGCAUCUUUCUAUAACAUCCGCCCCACCACGGUCUUGAUCUCUUAUGCGAUCAUCUUGUUCUCGACCUCGGUCCCUUUUGUACUCCUGCGCAAGCCGACUUGCGUGCAUGACCUGUCGCAUGCUCCCUCCGACGCAGUCCGCAACCGCUCAAUCCUUCAGGACCGCGCGACAACCAUUUACACCACUAUCGCCGCGACAUCAAUUCUGACUGUCGUCCUAUACCUAAGCUACGCAACCUGGCUCCCAACACAGCUAGUCCUCCACUUCGAAAACAUCCCCGAUAUUAGCGCCGUCAACGCCGGUCCCGCGGGUCUGCCAACCCUCUUCCUCGCCCUCCUUCCGGCCGGCUGGGCGGCGAGAGAUCUUCUUUUCGUUAGUUCCACUGGCGCGGCCGCGUCUAAGAGGACCGAAUCGACCGAGAAAAAUCCCACACCGCGCGAAGGCGAGUACCUCGCUUGUGCAGUUUAUCGGAAGACCUGGGGCGCGCUCUCACCUAAGACGAGGGUUCUUAUCUCGCGAACGGUGCUUCUUGCAGCCAUGCUGCUCAGUAACACCAUUGUCCAGUUGGCAGGAACCAUUGAGGGGAUUAGCAUCGAGGGUGCGUCUGCUUGGGGUUCGAUCUGGGCCGUCGCGAUUUUGGCUGUUGGAGCGACUUUUGGGUGGAUCGAGGCAGUUGAUGGGGUAUGA